AUGAUGAUGAUGGCCACAGCAACGAAGGGCAAACGCCCGCUCCGCCACCUGACGGCGACGGACAAGAUCGACGCGAUCCAGCGGAUCCACGACGGCGAGUCGAAGGCGUCGGUGGCGCGCGACAUCGGCGUCCCGGAGUCGACGCUGCGGGGCUGGUGCAAGAACGAGGAGAAGCUCCGCUACAUGUCCCGCCAGUCGGUCGAGAACGCGGAAAAGCUGAGCAACGAGGCGACGGCGGCCGCCCUCACGGCCGCCGCCGCCGAACUGUUCAGCGGGGGGCCGCCCGAGAAGCGCCUCAAGCUCGACUCGUCCCUGUUCGGUGGCAGCGUCGGCGGCGGCGGGAAGCUGAAGUACGACGACGCCACCGCGAGCUUCUACAAGGUGUCGUCCGGCGGCGGCACCGGCCGCGGAUCGCUCAACGGGCUCGAUCUGUCCGGUGGCGGUGGCGGGGUGGACAAAACGUCCGGCGGAGACAUGAUCAUGAACGGGUUGACGGGCGCGUCCGACUUCAGUCAGUUCGCCAAAACGGCCGCCGAAAUAUCGGCGCUCAGCAAAUCGAGCAAGGCGGCGGCGGCCGCAGCGGCCGUCUACGGUGCGGAUCUGUCGAAGCACCAUCACCACCACCACCACCACCAUGGGGGGGAUCCGACCAAAUCGGACCACCACCUGUCGAUGGCCGCCAUCAGUCCGCUGACCAGUCUCAGCCACCUGUCGGGCAUGUCGGGACUCGGCCAGAGUCCGCUGGCGCUGAGCUUCAACGACAUCGCCACCAACCUGAACCUGAUCGCGCAGCUCAACAACAACCACAAUCUGGCCACCAUGUCCAGUUUGGCGGGGGGGCUGAACACGGCGGCUGCGGCGGCCGCUGCCGCCCAGUCACUGCGCAGUGUUCGCCCGAAGGGCAGCAGCAGUUCGGCGGCUAACAACGGCACCAACAACCACCACCACAGCGGCGGCGGCACCCGUGGAGGUAAUGGCCUUCAAGAUGGCGGCACCGCCGGCAGUCUGUCCAACGGUGGCGGUGCGGGAGAGAAAGGUUCCGGUGGCAACGGUGGAUCGUCCUCCAACAACGCGGCCGUUCCUUCCCUGACCGUGCGCAACUUGGCGAAACUGCAGCAACAGAAAAACAGCGCAUCGUCGAGUGGCGGCUCCGGCGGAGGCGGAGGCGGCGGCGGAGAUCAGCAACAACAGCCCUUCGGUAACGGUAUGCUUCAUCACCCACAGCCACACGCUGGCUUAGCUAGUUUGUCUGAGCAGUUCAGAAACUCCAGUUCUGCUGCUAUGACCACCACCACCACAACCAACAACAACCAACACCAUCACCACCAACACCACAAUUCCGCUACAACUACCACCAAUCCUGCUUCCGUAGGUCGCGAUCCGAACGCUCCGGUCGACGAUGCGCUCUGGUACUGGCUGAAGUCGCAGCAGGCCGUGCUCGGGCUGAACAACCUCUACUCGUCACUGCCACGCGCCACCACCAACAGUCCCCCGACGCCACCGCCUCCGGCACCGGCUUCCGCACUGCUGACGACGGUCGGUGCGAGCGGCGGGUGUGCCUCGCCAACGCAGCUUCCCCCCUCGGUGCACACGCCACCGCCACUACCGCUGGGCAGUGGUGGAGGAGGCGGCGGUGUGCCGCUCGUAAGCACCCCGCAACCAACACCCCCAUCGUCUGCACCAUCGCUGACACCGGAGGACACGAAGAACUCGUCCUGGUUCUGGCAGUGGUACAAAUCGUUCGGCGCAUCACUCAUGCCGGGUGGACCAGGAGCAGCAGGUGGCGUUGCCGGGGCAGGCGCCGGUGACUCCAAGCAGCAGAACCACCACAGCAUCAACAACAACUCGAUUAGCCAGCAGAACAACAAUCAGAAGUCAGCGGCGGCGGCAGCGGCUGCGGCGGCGGCCGCGGCCAACGCUUCGCUGGCCGCGUACGAAAACAUUCUCUACUCGCAGCUCACGAAGGGCACGGCGGCAAACAGUGCGAGCGACACGCUCAACAACAACCACCACCAGCAGCAGCAGGUGCUGGGCGGCCAUCAUCAUCAUCAGCCCCACCAGAUGGGCCAUGCCGGUGCCGCCGAUGACGGGCCGAUGGAUCUGAACCUAAGCAGUUCGGAAGCGAAACCGGAGGACCUGUCGAAUCAUCAUCACCACCACGGUGACCGUGCGAAGGAUAACGGGGUGAUGGGCAACGGCGACGAGCGACGCUCACGGUACAAUCCCAGCCCCUGCUCGACGACCGCUUCCUCGCUGCACAGCAUCGAGCAUCAGCCGUCCGACGAGGAGGAUGACCGGGCGGAGCGGCUGCUGAAGGAAUCGUCGCUGCCAGCGGCUACGGAUCGUGAGCAGGACGACGAAGACUCGAUGGGCGGCGACGAGGGCGACGAGGGUGACUCCAAUUUGGGCCGCAAAGAAGGCAACUCACCGAUAACGGCUCGCCACAGCCUGACGAACGGCGGCGAGGAGGACACUCACGAGCAGCAGUCGAUCGACGCUCGGGAGCCCCGCGAUGGUGGCGAAGGCGACGACAAAGAGUCGUGUGGUGGCGAUCGGCGUGAUCCCACGGGCGCUGAUCGGUCGGGCGAUAUCGAGAACGACCUCCACUCGGAGGAUGCCGCUGUUGGUGAGGAGGAAAGGACAACGGGGCUGUUCGGCGGCAGCAACAGCAUCGAUCGCUGCUCGAUCACCCCACAGUCGUUACCGCGAGGAUCAUCCACCAGCCCGGUGCCAAUGCUCAACGGUGGCGAAACCGCGAGGGACGACGACCUGAAGAGCAGUGAUCUGGAGUCGGACGACUCGAACGUGCAGCAUCCGACGACGACGACAAUGGACCGGUCCCCGGGACCGGCGGAGUCGUCGCCCGUGGCCUCGGUAGCCGUGGCCGACAUCCGCAACCUGGCCGACGCCGUGGAGCACGGUGAAAAGUUCCUCAACUGGCUCGAAGCGUGUAGCGACCCGAACGUAACCGCCAUGCAGGUGGUGCAGUUCAAGUAUCUGCUCAACAGCAUCAAGCUGAGCGCCGAGCGGCAACAGCAGAACGCCACGAUCGCCGGAGUGUACGGCGGUGCAGGAGCGGUGUCGGAGGAGCGAACGCGCAUCCGAAAGCGCAAGUAA